AUGGCUGGUGCCUCCCUCGCGGCCAGUCUUCUGGUGUUCCACAUUGCGAUCCUACCCCUCGUGUUUAAGUACAGCAAGUCCCUGCAGAGGAAAAUCGUCUUCUCCAACUGCAUUAAUUAUCCAAGAAAUUUAGAUUACAAGAAUCCAUCGAGCUGCAACAUCGUUGGAGCAAGGAACUUCACGGUGGAAUUUGAAUCCAAAGUGGAUAAUUGUCCCAUAAAAUUAGGCGUGUGGCACAUCGUGCCCUGCUGUCUAUUCAAGGAGUUGUUCGUCAUUCGAGACCAGCUCGACUCCAACGCCAGGCUACUGAACGAGCUGCGGAAGACACAGAACACCGUCGUGCUUUAUUGUCACGGUAAUUCAAACCAUCGUGCCUCCCCUCAUAGGCUGCACAUGUACAAGGUGUUCCAGGUGCUGAAUUUCCACGUGAUCACCUUCGAUUACAGGGGCUAUGGCGACUCAACGCAUGUUAGACCGACCGAGAAGGGCGUGGUAGAAGACACGUUCCACGUGUACUCCUGGAUCCUGGACUCCGUGUCACGUGAACGGAAGCCAAAGAUUCUCCUGUGGGGACACUCAUUAGGUACCGCCGUGGUAGCCCACCUAACCGCCUACAUGUCCCAGCUAUGCGACAAGCUCGGCAAGGAGUGUUUACCGCCACCCGACGCCCUCAUCCUGGAGGCACCCUUCAACAACCUGGUGGAUGAGGUGGUACACCAUCCGUUCUCUAAGCUGGUCUCCUGGUUGCCGUACUACAAGGCCACAUUCCUGGAGCCCUUCAUGUCUUCAUCGGAAUAUGCGUUCACGACGGACCAGUACUUGGCGAUGGCAACUCGAGUGCCGGUGCUGAUUCUGCAUUCUAAGAGUGACAAAAUCGUACCUUACGACUUGGCGAUUAAGUUGUACCACUGCGCUGAGCAGAGCAGGGCAGGGCAGACCUCCAGCUGCCCGCUGGUGAUGCACAGCUUCGAGAGAGGCCGUGGCCUCGGCCACAACAACCUCUACCAGGCUUCAGAACUGCCCCAAGUCGUGAGGAAUGCUGAAGGCAUUCCCUUGUACGGUUUCCCCCGUAUUAUUGCCAAAGUCAAUGCUUCCGAGGCACGCUUCGCUCGCCCCGGCAGCUUUGCGGUCGAGAGGGACGGCUUGCGACGGAGGGACGCCGGUGCGAACCACGGCUACAUCACCUGUCCAAUGAUCCUUACU